AUGAUACGAUACCGGGUGGUUGCACUUGUGUUAAUUAUGCUUCUAAUUUAUUUCUUUCGGUUCAUAUUUGCUUCCGGCGGUGAUCGAAGUCAGUUUUAUCAAAAUUGCUUAAAGUUCUGUACGCUUGACAAUUGUACACAGUCUGGUGUAUCGUACAAGAAGGAUCUGCAGUGGAAACACGAUCCAAUCAAUAAACUUUUGAUGUGGACAUGCUACGAUGAGUGCGGUUACGACUGCAUGUGGAAAACAACGUCCGCAUUUCACAACCGCAACUGGACAACGCCACAGUUUUACGGCAAAUGGCCAUUUGUUCGAUUCCUCGGAAUGCAGGAACCGGCAUCGGUACUGUUUUCGAUCGCCAACUUUAUCACACACUACAAAAUGCUGCACCGGUUCAAGCGCGAGGUACGCACCGACAGUCCCAUGUACGGCACGUGGCGAGCCUUUUCCUACAUCUGUCUGAACGCGUGGAUUUGGUCGACAAUUUUUCACACGCGCGAUUUUCCCAUCACCGAGCUGCUUGACUAUACGUUCGCUUACUCGAUGGUGCUGGCUUCGUUUCACUGUAUGGUGAUGCGUAUGAUCCAUCGGAUGUCGAUCCUUGUGCGCGGUACAUUCAGUUUCCUGUGUGUACUAUUUUUUAUCAACCAUUUUUCGUACCUUAGCAUCGGCCGGUUCGAUUAUUCGUACAAUAUGAAAGCGAACAUCGUAACAGGAAUGAGUGGAGCACUGGGAUGGAUUUUGUGGUGUUUCUUGCAGCGCCGAAAGCGUCGUUACGUUUGGAAGUGCUUUCUUUUUAUUGUGCUGGCAACUUCGUCCUUGCUGCUAGAAAUUAACGACUUCCCACCGAUCCUGUGGACGUUCGAUGCACAUUCGAUAUGGCAUUUGGUAACGGCACCAUUAACAAUACUAUUCUAUAGUUUUAUCAUUGAAGACUGUAAAACGUUGCGCAAAGAGCUAGUCAACGUUGAGGACGAGGAGAGCCGUAAACUGUUGUAA